AACAACAACUGAACCAACAACAGCAGAUGAACCAGCAGAACCAACAGCAACAGGGACAGAGUACCACCCCUAAUCAACAGCAGAGUCAACAGCCGCAGCAAUCCCCCCAUUUGGGGAGUCCGAACCCCCACGCGCAGGCUGCGCAUGUGCACGCGCUUGCGCAGGCCGCCCAACACCAACAACAGCAAAUGGUCAACAUGCACCAACAGCUCGCGGGUAGCGGCCAAAACUCACCAGAUAAAUUAAUGACGGAAAAAAUUGUUAAUGAAUUACAGAUUUUCAUGCACAAAUCGGCCAUGCAGAUGCACGCCAGGGAGCUGAGCGGUCGGUCGGAAGUCAAGCCGCACCAGUGCCAGCAAUGCCUGAAGUCGUUCAGUAGUAAUCAUCAAUUGGUGCAACACAUUCGAGUACAUACUGGUGAAAAGCCGUACAAAUGUUCCUAUUGCGAUCGCCGCUUUAAACAAUUAAGUCACGUCCAACAGCACACCAGGCUACAUACAGGAGAGCGUCCAUACAAGUGCCAUCUUCCCGACUGUGGUAGAGCCUUUAUCCAACUGUCAAACCUCCAGCAGCACCUGCGCAACCACGAUGCUCAAGUAGAAAGAGCUAAAAACAGGCCCUUCCACUGCAACAUUUGUGGUAAAGGAUUUGCGACUGAAUCUAGCCUAAGGACACAUACAUCGAAAGUAAGCCAUUGUAUUGGUCGUUUGCAGCAACAUGCAGCUCUUAUUGGCGGACCGAACGCCACGUCGUGCCCGCUCUGCCACAAGAUGUUCCUCGGCGGCGAAGCCCUGAUGGAACACAUGAAGCACACGCAUAAAGAUCCUAACGCGUCUGGGGUAGCUACGAAAAGGAGAACAGCCAAUCACCCGUGUCCCGUUUGCGGAAAACACUAUGUCAACGAAGGCUCUUUAAGAAAACAUUUAGCUUGUCACCCCGAAACAUCACAAUUGUCGAGUUCCUUAAGAAUGUGGCCAUGUUCUGUAUGUCAAGCCGUUUUUACUCAUGAAUCAGGACUUCUCUCCCAUAUGGAGCACAUGAGGAUGGACCCCAAGCAUCAGUUCGCGGCCCAGUACGUACUGUCUCGAGCCGCCGCUGAAAGAAGGGAAAGAGAAUCAAUUUUAGCUGCUGUAACCUCAGCCUCUGGCAGUGGACUACUGGGACUGACGGGAAUGGGUCCAGCCAGCGGCAGUCCAAUGUGUGCUUCCCCUAGUGCACACAGCGACAGUUCUUCAGGAAAUGGUAGGCUAUCGUCAGCCGGAUCAGAAGCUGGAGGCUUAAAUAAUAACAACAAUAACUGCAAUACAAAAUUAGGUGAUAUUUUAAGAAGUAACAACGGUCUACAUCAGCAAUACAACGUGGAAGAUCAACUGCACACGGCAAACAGAAUGGCCGUCAUCGCCAAUAUGGUUGGACAGGGUGGAGUGCCGCCCGGUUUAGGAUCAGACCCAUCUGCUGCUGCUAACAUAACUGCUGCCAAUCUUGCCAACUUAGCCAUGCGCCUUGGAGUAACUCAAGCAAACCAAGUAAACAACUCAAGUAACCCAUCCACGCCUCCUAUGACAAACGACACCCUCUCGCUCUCCGUCAAUGCCAUGAAUGCGAUGCGGGCGUCCAUGGACAGCAUCCGUAACAUGGACGUGAUGCGUUCUUCCGUCAUGGACAUGUCCUCCUCCCAACAGUCCCAACAGCAACAGGAGGCCCUAAGGAUGCAGCACGCCGAAGCGCUUAUCAGAUCUCAAGCAGAAACAGCCCUAAGACUGGCCAUGAGUCAAGCUUUACCCCAACUCAACCAACAAGAUAGUAGCCAUAGUCCACUUCGCCAUAACGGUAACUAUCAAAGUCACCAAGGACAAUCCUCGCAACAACUGAGCCCUGAUUUGACGGAAGCCUUAAGGCUGCAAGAGCAGAGGUUAGAACAAGCGUUGCGAUUGCACGGGAGUGACCCGAGGUCGUUAGGAUUUUCACUAUCGAGUCAACAGCAAAAUCAACAACCAUGAAAUUUUAGUUACUACUGAACGCAUAAUACGUAAACUUAAUUAUUAAAUUAAUUUUAUCCUUGCAAAAAUACCACGGAAGAUACGACAGAUUACGUCAUAACUUUUCUUCAUUAAUUAUUAGGUACACUGUACUUCUCAGACUCUAGCUUUAUUUUUCCAAGUCAUUCGUAAAAGGUGCUUCUCUUCCCUUAUGACGCAAUCUGUCGUCACUCACUGUUAUUUUUAAAAGUACAAAUCUGUUUAUUAAAUUUAAGUUAGAAUAUACCUAUAAUGUGCAACUCUACGUUCUCUUACGAGUCAUAAUUUAUGAAUGAAAGAUGUGCCAAAUAUACAUUUCUUUUCUGAAGAAUUGCGUUUAGUGCGCUCAGUAUAUAUUGAUGGCUAGGCCAUAAAUAAAUAUAAUAAUACUAUUUUAUGCACUUUAAAAGUGCACCACUACAAAAAUCAUUAAACAAUGUAUAGAUAUGUAAGUGUUAUUAAAAAUACCUAAAUAGGAAAUUAUAGGUAUUUUGAAAUUACUUAAAUUUAGACUGUACAUAAGUAAAUAUAAAAUUAAUUGUUUUAGAAUAUAAACCGUAUGAGUGACAUACAUAUAUACGUGUAUAUAUACACAGUGUGGCGACCAGAUUUGGUUGCAAUCCUCCACUUACGUUGGUAUUUGAUGCAGAGUUGAAAAAAUGAAGGGAAUAAUAAGAAGAAUAACACCUAUUCAACUAUUAUGAAAGAAAUUUUGGCGCUUUGGAGUUAGAAUACUCUGACCGCAAUUUUUCACAGAUCUUUUUAAAAUUAACUUUACAAUUCAAAGAAAAUUGCUUUCAUUUUAUAUUUAAAUAAAAUGUAUGGAAUAUACAGGGUGUCCCGAAUUGUAGGAGUACAGUCCAUUAACAUGGUAAGGAAAAAACAAAUGAAAUUCAAAUAAGGUUUCUUAAAUUGACCUUAAGACAUAUCUAGAAGCUGUAAUUUCCUCAAAUUGCAAACCUUUUACUUAAAUUUUUAAAUACAAAUCUAAUUCCAUUUCCUUAUAUAAAUUUUGAAAAAGUCAAAGAAAAAAUAC